AAUACUCCUAAAUUUUCCUACUUAACAAAACAACAACAAAAUUUCAACACCAAAAUGAACUCAUACCACAAAAAGAAAACACACACACUUGAACUUCUUCUUCCUUUUGUCAUUCUUUCCCAAAACUUGAAAAUUCAUUUUCAUGGCUUCUCUCUUCCCAACUAGCGCACAUCAUUCUAACACGCAAUACAACAACAACAAUUGGGUUUACCCAAUUUGGAAAACUUCAAUUCCAUUUUUAUCAUCUCAUUUAGUGUUUUUUCCUUGUUCAAUCAAUCAUAAUUCUUCCCCAAUUCAUCUCCACCGUUCAUUUUCUGGGUACCCUUUAAAUUUCAACCGCAUGAUUCUUCGUGCUAGUCCGGGCCCACCUCCGUCUCCUCCUGGACAGGAACCUCAGCGUUCCAUUGGUAUUGCAGCAACCUUUUCUAAGCUCUGGGACACACUGCAGAUUUUUGUUGCAGUUCUUUUCUGGAUGUCUUUAUUCUUCUGGUCAUCUGCUUCAGAUGGAAAGAAUUCAGGAAGAAGUAAUAAGAGCGAUCGUUUUAGAAAGUGAGUUGUAAGCAAUCGCAAUCUUAUAUGUACAUAGUCAUAGGUUACAGUACGAAGUAUUAGAUAUACAUAUAUAUAUAUGUCAUUUUACUAUGUAUUUUUUUGUUAGUUUAAUGAAGAUGAAAAUUACACUUUGUGCUGUUGUGCAUGAAGAUAGCUGUGAAUUGUGAUGAUGAAAAGAACACAUAGUUAUCUUUAGGGGUUGAAUCAUAAAUGUAGACUUUCUUGUGCUGUUGUGCAAGAAGAGGAUUGUGUUAGUGAAAUACUUAUCUGUC